AUGGCAAACAUUUCGCAGUGCUACUACUGUUUUGAAACACUAUUAGCGUCAUAUGAAGACCGAGCACCUCCUGCUCUGAGCAUCAUAGAGUCCUUGUGGGAAAAACACGAACACUCCAAGAAACUUGCCCAUGUGGGAGCUCAGCUUGACGACGACGAAGAUGACGAUGAAGAAGAGGAGGAGGAUAAUGAGGAGGAUGCGGAAGAGGCAUCUAUAAAUAAAGCUGCCACCAAUGCGGAGGGCAAAUCUGCACCCAGGGCCACACCGUCGGAUAGCUCUCGGAGCUUGAGACCAUCCGUGAUCAGUCGUUUACAAAGUGAAACUUCUUCCGAUUCAUCUAGCCUUGCCACGACCCCGUCUCGCGCGUCCAACAUGUCCUCGCGAUCCGGGGCGUCUAGUAGCACGGCCGCAACAACACCCAGCGCUCGUUCUGAACGAGUGAGCGCAAGAGCAACCUCUACCGGGCAGCGAUAUCCUCUAUUCGUCACUUGGAACGCCAUGUCACGGGGCCACAAGUCUCUCCGAGGCUGUAUAGGUACAUUCGAAGCACAGGAUCUCGAGGCCGGCCUCAAGUCUUAUGCCCUGACUUCGUACGUGAUACUGAUCUCCCCUUUUAUGCUUUCAAACUUCCAGUCGCUCGUGCUCAUUCCUAUUGAUACUCCUUCCGUUCUCCAUCUCUUCAAACGUAGAGACCUGACUGACGUCGUGGCUCCGCAAAUGUGCCGUUUCAGUGCCUUUGACGAUUCUCGCUUCUCUCCCAUUCCGCGAUCUCUUUUACCGUCACUCUCAUGCUCCCUCACCCUGUUGGGCUCGUUCGAACCCUGCACCAACGCUCUAGACUGGACCCUAGGAACCCACGGCAUUCGCAUCUCUUUCGUUCACCGCGGGCGACGAUACGGGGCUACAUAUCUCCCCGACGUCGCCGUAGAACAGGGAUGGACCAAAGAAGAGGCGAUCGAGAGUCUCAUGCGCAAAGCAGGAUGGGACGGAGGUUCCGGUGGUGUGGCUCGCCGUUUGCUUCGCACCGGAACCAGUUCCGGCGGUACCAAGCCCUGGCAACAGGUCUCUGAUUUUCGCACUGUUCGAUACCAGGGUCACAAAGCCAGUGCUAGUUAUGAGGAUUGGCAGGAGUGGCGGGAGUGGGUGCUGUCGCUGGACGAUGGCCCCGAAAUCUUGGGAUCAGCCUGA